UAAUUGCAACCUAAGGGGGGCGUGGCAAGCUGCUGAGGUUUGGAAAUGGGAGGUAGUGGCUCAAAAGUAACUCCCUUCAACUCGACAGAGGACAGUUCUACUAAACAUGCUCAAGAGAACUUCACUGAAGUCACAGCAAGUCUCUCCAAUAAAAUAAAAGAGCUGGAACAGCAAUUGGAGCUGAAGAAUGAAGCUUCUAGAAGCACUGACGAUAAACUGCAAGCCUCCCAGCAUCAGGUGGAGCUACUUUGUACUGAGAUUCUAGGUCUACAAGAGUCCCUGGCAAGUAGGGAAAGCUCCAGUCGAUCCGUAAAUGCUCUCGAGCAUAUGGUAGGACAACUCAAGGGGGAACUAGAGAUCACACAGGCAGAGUUGCAAGAUAUGAAGGAUAGUUACGAGAAGCGACUGCAGAGGGUAAGGUCAUCAUCAGCCAAAUUACAAGCUGAGUCAGCGUUAUCCCUGUACGAGCUGAGGGAUGAUAAUCAACGCUUGGAAACAGAGAAUGAAAAACUAUCAGAACAAAUCAGUCAAAGGAGAGAAUCUUCAAAAGAUUCGUGUGGCCACAUGUCGUUGAUAGUGGAGCUGUCACAACAGUUGAGCACUUCUGAAUCUGAGUUGAAACGUGCACAGCUUGCAUUGAAGGAACUAGGCGUUGAGAGUUGAUAUGUGUGACAAGGAGACAAUCACAGAACGCAGAGAACCAUCAGUCAAAGAGAUAUCUGGAGAAAUAAUAAAAUGUGUUGUGUGUUAAUUUCCAUAGAAACAAUUUAUGGUGAAAUUAA